CAGAUGGUGCAAGUCUCGUGCGUACAAACGCAUCAUCAAUCGGUCACUCGGAUCAUGAUGCGUACGGAGAAUGUAUGAGAGCACAGUGGUGCACGCCGCCACCUUGUUGUAUAAUAAUUCUGUGUGAAAACGAUUGUUCAGUAUCAAUCUAGUUAUCUUUAGACUGCAUUGCGUGGAGGCCGAGUGCUCGGACAUCUAUUUUUAAACACACGUUUCAUCGGUUACACUUGAGUCGCCUGUUCGUAUUGUGACAAUGCAACCUCCCUAAAGGGGCGCGGCCGCGCCAACUUGAAGCGAUGAUCUCGGCAUAACCGAUUGUCAAUGCGAUCGAACUUGGAUAACCAGAAUUAAGUGUUACGGCGACUAAGAAAUGACACUGUUGCUAUUUGACGGGUCAACCAAAAGAUCUUCUAGUACAAUUAUCACAUAUACUACAUAUUUAGCGAUUUUUUUGGUUGUUGCUUCAACUAGUGUUUCCACGGAAAAUGUCACCUCGAAAGCUACUUCUACAACGCCAUCCGCUACACCAACUGAAAUUACCAUAGUUAACCGAAGGACUUCUACUAUCAGUAGUUCCGAUUAUUUGGCUUAUCAACAACAGAGUUAUGUUGAAAAACAUUUACCUGUAGAAGGUAACAGUCCCAAAAAACACCGAGAACUAGUUGAUAAACAAAGAGCUUUGGAGAAGACCAACAGACAGCGGAGACAAUCGUUUCGUAAGAAGGCCAACGGCAGAGAUCAAUCUCCAGGUCUAUUGACGUUAUCUUUCAUAUUAGUGCGCGAUACUAUAAAUGAUACAACAACGGCUUACCGGAACAUUAGCCGAAUUGUCAGUGACACCAUACGACAAGCCGCUGAACCACCUCCGUCAACUGAUGAUCAACAAAUGAUGGGCUCAGCACAAGGUUCUACUCCUUCGACAAAACCCAACCCAACAGCUUCUCAAAAUGCUAUCUCUAGGCUACUAGGUCGUAAUUUUAGAGGUUUGAGACGUUUGUUUGAUUCAGAACUCCGAUCAGCCAUAGGAAACACUGGUCAAAAUGUGAGAGAAUUCCGCCAGGAACUAACCAAAUCAGUUCUUAACAGCUUAAGACCUUCUCAAAUUUUUACUAGAGGAAACGGCACAAAAACUAAUUCAGUGUAAAAAGAUACCGUAGAUUAACUCAUGCGUUUAAAAAAAUAUCUUAUUUUAGAUUAAACAAUAAUAUAUAGAUUGCAUAAUUGAAUCAAAUUAUAUUGUACAUUUUUUAUAUAACAAAAUGAUUCAUUUUUAAAUAAGAAAAGCUCAAUUAGUUUAUUGAAACACUAUUUUUACAUGUAUACAUAAAAAAUACAUCUUUUAACUAGUAAAAAAGAAUACAUUCUGUAAUUUUCAUUCGUGUACAUAAGUAACAUUUUAGUCAAACUUGUAAACCGGUGGCCAUUAAAUAAUCUAAUAUCUAACACAAAUGUACCAUGAAAAUAUUUGUAAAUAUUAGUAAAAUAUAGUGACUUUUUAUUUUCAUAAUAUAUUUUUCUCAGCUGUAUA